AUGGCCCAGCCAAAGAUACCUGAGCUUGUUCUGAAACUCCAGCAGCUAGCCAAACCUACAUUUGUCAACAGCAGAUGGAGGAAGCCAGCAAUAAGUGCUAGAAGACUAGCAGACAUGAGGAAGUCCUUGGUAGCUGAGGGAGUCUACUGGCCUCCCAAACCCAUGGCUGACAGAGGAGGAGACAAGCCUUUCAAGCUCAUCAAGCAUGAAAGAGAUAGAGAGAAAAGGCAAAACAAAAUUGAGGAGAACAUGCGUAAGAUGCCUGAGAUGAUAGCUGAGUACAGAGCAAGUGUGCACAAGCUGCGUGCUGAUACCAGAGCCAAGAAGCACAGAACGGAGGAGAUGAAGUAUCGCAUCGCCGUGGGGAAGCAGGAGAGCGGGGAACCCUCCUGGCAGAUAUUCAAGGACCAGAAACGAUAAGCAUUAAUAUAAUUGUAGCUCAGUAUUUAUUGCAGAACAUUUAACCACUUUAAUACGACGACUGUUUGCAAUUAAUGUUUUGUCGGGUGUUUAUAUCUGAGAUUUCUAUGAAACAAUAAUAAUUUAUGUACACACAA